AUGCCACCAUCAUGCCCGUGGUCCUCUCGGUGCGGCAACAAUGGAAACGGAACCAGCAACACCGCCGUCGACAACACCCUCCCUUCUCCUUCCUCUAGCCCCGAUGUCGAAAGUUGGCAGUUGAUCCGCAGACGGAACCUGCGCAUGAUGAGGAAACAAGUCCGCACCAUUGUGCUGCUGAUGGCAUUGAUUGAAGUCAUUCGUAUCGGGCCGGUUGAUAUUGUCUUUGCCGGACGCGAGGGACAGUCUGCUCGCGGGCCAGAAGAUUUCGGGAUCGCCUAUAGCAUAGGAUACUUCCUCAGCUGGCUGUACCUGUGCGUCUUUAUGAUCAUCUGGACACCACUCUUCAGCUGGUGGGUCCCUCUAAUCUCAUCCGCCUCGAAACUCUCCGGAAACACACCGUCAUCAUCUUCAACAGUCGACAAAGUCAUCAACUACCUACGCCGCCUCAACUUGCUUCUACUCCCAGCAUGCAUUGUCGUCCACCUCGUCACCUACGUCUACUACGCUCUCGAGACUUUGGUCUAUGUUGACCACCGCACCAUCGGCUCCAAAAAAUUCCCCAAGAACACCCGCAAGAACUGGCUUGUUCGUCUGUUGCUGCUCGUGGGAGUAUUGAUUUCCACCACCGGUGGAUACGGCGCUUUCCAGAUUCUCGCGGAUAUGGAUCUCGCCCACGUCAAACCCCUCGAGUAUGUCAUUAUUGUUGUGCCGGUCCAGAUCAAUCUUGGUAUCUUGUUCGGGACGUUGAUGCAGUUUAAGAUGGAGAAGCGGAUUGCUCGAAAGCAGAAAGCAGAGGGUGUGGGUGAGGUUAUGAAUGACGUUGCUGUUGCUGCCCUGCAUGCUCCCGGUGCUGUCACUGUCGAUGCCGGUGUAACGGAAGAGAAGGCUGCUCUCGUUGAGGUUUAG